AUGAAAGGUAGAGCUACAAAUAUUGGCGGAGUUGAUGAAAAAUCAGAUGAUGACAAUGUGUUUGAAGACAGUGAGGAAGAAAAUAACAAUGAUAUUAUUAACCCAAACAAAAGAAACAGAAGUGAUGAUGAUGAGGAUGAUUAUUGUCUUGAAGAUGAUGAUUAUGAUCUUCUUGAAGAAAAUUUGGGUGUCAAAAUUCAAAGAAAAAAAUAUAAACGUUUAAGAACAAUUCAAGCCGAUGAUUCUGAUGGUGAUGAUCGUGAUGCUAUUGCCAAUCAACUUUUUAAUAAUGACGAUGAUGAUGAUCUACCAAGUAAACCACGUAAACAACAACAACAACAACAACUACAACAAACAGAACAAUUUAAUAGUGAUAAAAGUGAAGAUGAAGAUUCAGAUUAUGAUAAUUUUAUUGAUGAUGAUGAUGAUGGCAGACAAUUAAGACCACAAGAAACUGAUCCAUUAAUUCAUAAUGAUGCUCUUCGAGAAGCUCGAGAUAUUUUUGGUGUUGAUUUUGAUUUUGGAGAAAAUGAAAGUCUUGAAGUACCAUAUAUAGCAUAUUACAAAAAAGACUACGUUUUACCUGAAUUAGAUCAAAAUGAUUUGUGGAGAGUUUAUAAAUUUGAUGCAAAAUGGUCACAAUUAUGCCAAAGAAAAAAUAGUUUAUUAAAACUUUAUUCCAAUAUGUAUGAGUAUCAACAAGUGCAAGUAAAAAUAAAUUCCAAAUAUUCAUUAUUUGAUAAUAUUAGAAUGAUUAAUGUUAGUGAUUUAAAUAGAUUAAAAAAUGUGGAAACAAAUGAAGAGCUAAAUGACAUUCAUCAACAUUUUUCUUUGUAUUAUAAUUAUGAUAUACCAGCAAUGCAAGAGUUAAUAAAAAGACGUAAAGUAAAAGAAAAAUAUUUGGAUAAAUUAAGAAACCAACAAGUGCCAAAUAAUGUUGAUGAAAAUAACAUGGAAAUUGAUAUAGAUAUUGAAGUUGAAGAAAGUAAUAAUAAUCAUUUAAAACAACGAGCACAUAGUGGACCAUAUUCAUUGUAUAGAAAAGCUGGUCUUGAUAGUUUUGCCAAAAAAUUUGAAAUAAAUGAACCAUCUGUUAUUGCUAAUAAUUAUUUUAAAAAUACAACAAGUAGUACAGAUGAAAUUAUAAAUGCAGUUAAACACAUGGUAGCAAUACAAUUAUCACGUGAACCAUUAUUACGUAAAUGUGUUAGAAAAAUAUAUAUGGAACAUGCAAAAAUAACAGUUAAACCAACAAAAACUGGUAUUAAAAUGAUUGAUGAAUCACAUCCAAUAUUCACAAUGAUGUAUCUUAAAGAUAAACCAAUCAACACAUUAAUUGAUGAUCAAUUUUUAAAUGAUACUAUUGAAGGUUACACAAGUGAUAAUUAUGUUGAUGAUGUAAAAAAAUUAUAUGUUAAUAAUGAUGAUGAGCUUGAUGAUUGCAUUGAAAAUUGGAAUAAUUUAAGACAAGCUAGUGUUGAAAUGGCACUAAAUGAUAUUGUCAUUCCAAGUUUAAAAAAUGAAUUAAAAUCAGUGCUUAUUGAUGAAGCUAAAGAACAUGUAAUGAGAGCUUGUUGUAAAAAAUUAUAUGAUUGGAUUAAAAUUGCUCCAUAUAAAUGUGAUAAUAGUAUUUUUGAUGGUGAUGAUUGGGAUACAAGUUGUGGUCUUCGUGUAAUGACUAUUUCUUAUGUACCUGAUCAAACACAAGCUGGUUUUGCUUGUAUUGUUACACCAAAUGGUGAUUGUACUGAUUAUUUAAAACUUCCACAUGUACUUAAACUUGAGGCUAAUCAUAUAUUUGAAGAUAUAAAAAAAUGUGUUACAUCACUUAUGCAAAGUAAUGAUGAUUUUCCUGAUGUACCAAUUGAAAUAUAUGAUAAUCAUUUAUCAAAAUUAUAUUCAAAUAGUACAAUAGGAAAAAUGGAAUUUAAUAAUUAUAAUGAAAUUUUACGUGAAGCAAUAUCACUUGCAAGAUAUAUACAAGAUCCAUUAAGAGAAUUUUCACGACCAAGAAAAAGUACAAAUAUCAUAAAAAUAUUAAAAAAUUCAAAUAAAUAUCUUGAAAAUCGUCCACAAUUAAUGACACUAUGUCAAUGUGAUGAAAUUGUUUAUAAAAAUUAUAAUUUUAUUGAAAUAUUAGAUUCAUCAAGAAUACAUCCAGAUGAUUAUGAUUUUGCAAGAAGAAUGGCACUUGAUAUACUUGAAUAUGAUGAUGAAAAUGCAACAAAAGCACUUGAAGAAAUUUUAGAUAAACCAAAUAUACUUGAAGAUCUUGAUCUUGAUACAUAUGCAGAACAAAUUGUUGAUGAAUCUGGUGAAAAACGUUUAACACUUGAAGAUAUUAGAACUGAAUUACAUGGUUUUUUUAAAGAUCUACGUGUACCAUAUGAAAAACCAGAUAGUCAACAAUUAUUUGAAUUAUUAACAAAAGAAACACAAGAUACAUUCUAUGUUGAACGACGUGAUGAAAUUCAUCCAGUUAGAAAUAAUGAUACACGUCUUUGGAAAUGUUCAUAUUGUAAUAAAGAUGAUUUUAUUGAAUUAUCACAUGUAUGGAAUCAUCUUGAUAAUGAAGAAUGUACUGGUAAAUUAACUGGUAUUAAAAUUAAAUUUGACAAUGGAAUAACUGGUUAUAUUAAAAUUAAAAAUAUGUCUGAUGACAAUACAACAGAUAUACCAGAUAAUAUACAAAUAAAUACACCAAUUAAAAGUCAAACUGAAAAUAUCAUGAAACAUCAUUCAACAAAACAAGGUGAUGCUGUUAUACGACCAAGUAGUAAAGGUUGUGAUCAUUUAACAAUAACAUGGAAAGUAACUGAUAAUGUAUUUCAUCAUAUUGACAUUAGAGAAGAAGAUAAACCAAAUAGUUUUUCAGUUGGUAGAAGAUUAUUUAUUGGUGAACAAGAAUUUGAUGAUUUAUAUGAAAUAAUGACAAAUUAUGUUAAACCAUUAGCUGAAAAUGCAGCAACAAUAAUUAAUUAUAAAUAUUAUAAAUCAAGUGUACUUGGAUCACAAGUUAAAGCUGAUAAUAUUUUAAAAAAACAACAAAUUAUUAAUCCAAAAUAUAUACCAUAUAUUUUGUCAGUAUUUGAAAGAAUACCAACAUAUUUUAUGCUUUCAUAUUUACCACAUAAUAAGGUAUAUCAUGAAUACAUACAAAUAACAUCAAAUGGAUUUAUAUACAGAGAAAAAGAAUUUAAAAAUUUUCAAAAAUUAUUAAGAUGGUUUAAAGAAUAUUACAAUAAACAAACUAAUUUAUCACAUGAAUUACGUGGUUUAUCUGCUGUAACUGGUUACAGUGGUACAAAUAAAUAUAUUGAUGAUUUAUUUACUACAGUUGAUGAAACACCUACAAUUAAAAAUAAUCAAAAUAAUAAAGCAGCAAAACAUUCACUUUUUGAUCCUGAUUUUUGGUAA